CCUAACACAGCCUAACUGUGCCCUCCAGUGGACACAUCCAGCGCCCACCAGUCCCAUCGCUCAUCGUCGUUGUGUUUUUUUUCUUCUUCUUCGCUCUUUGUUUUGUUGUGCGGAUUAAAACCAGACAUUUCUACUUUUUUUUUCCCACCUGCUUAUGAACAUUUAUAUUUUUUAGCCGUAAAAUGUUGCGUGAGUUAAACUUUAGUCAUAGGCAAUGCAGUUGCAUUUCUCCAGCGGCCAUUCCCUCUCCUCAGUGAAGACUCACCAGAGCAGUGAGUGCGCUUGGUUGCUCAGCGCUGGAGGAAGCAAAGCGUGGAGAAGAACAGUUCACCAAACUCAGAGCGAAAGAGUUGGGAUUUAUUUGUCUGCUUUCAGCGGUCACCUCCACAGUGCCACUUUGGUGUGGGCUGAGUGAAAAAGCAACAAGCACCUGCAGGGCCGCGUCAGUGGCCCAAACCCCUUUACUGCAGUAUGGGCAACUUUUCCAGCAAGGACGGCCAUGGACUCACAGGGGCCCAUGGGGAGAGUUUCCACACUCCUCCUGCUUCUCCACAAAGUGAUGUGCCUGCUUUCAUCCCUGGUGUGCCCCAGCUUCACCCUACCUCACCUCAACCUUCCCUUGCAGCCCCAGUUUCACCUCCACCUCCAGUUCCAGUCAUCACAUCCAUCGGGAAGAAGUCACAGCCAAAAUCCAGCACCCCCAGCACCCCGACCACCCCGACCACCCCCAGCAUUUCCAGUCCCGCUCCCGAUUGGAGGCCUCAUUCACCAGUCAGCUCCAACAGCUCAACCGCUGGUCCCGGAGUUACUCCAGUACACAACAAGCCAGGAACUAUUGUGGUUAAAGGGAAUGCUGCCUUGGGGAGGAAUGGGGGUCCUCCAACUUCUACCCCGAGGACUCCGAGUUUUCAGGGGAAGACUGUGGCUGUGAGCCCGACAAAGAGCCCCUCUUCUCUGUGUGGUACCUCACCUUUGUUGGGCAGCUCUUCAGGGCAGGACUGGAGAGAAAGGGACAGUGGUCUGAGUCAGUCUUUACUGGUUCGUCAUGAAGCUGGGGACGGCCACGGUGUGGAACUGGAGAAGCUGCUGGAGGAGUGUAGGACAUCACUGGGUAUCACUGGCAGUCCUGAUGGGGCCACGAACACAGCAGAGAUACUGAAGCAUCUACUGACAGAAGUGAAGACUUUGAAGAAUACUUUGCAGACGGAGCGUGGGGAAUGGCUACAGUUCCAGGCCGACCUCCAGGUGGCGGUGUCAGUGGCAGACCGCCUGAGAGCCGAGGCAGAAGAGGAGCUGACGGCGCUUCGAACGGCGCACAAGGAUGUGGAGAGGGAGCUGGCUGCCGCCCAGCAGAGGCAGAAGGAGGCUGAUUUGCAGCUGGUCACCCUGAGAGGGGAGUUAAAGGAGAGCAGGCAGAGGCUGGCGACUCUCACCCAGGCUCAAGGCAAAACUGAUGCUCAGGCUCCGUGUCAGGAACCAGAGAGGCCCAACGCGGAACCAACCAACGCUUCUGAGAGCAAAGAAGGGACCCAGAGGGGCGUGGAUAGGGCGGCGCACCGGCUGGGACGAGAAGCGACGGAGACUCGGAGUGAGAAUGACGUGACGAAGACUGUUGCCAGCGAGGAGGCGAGAACAGGCUGUAAGGGUGUGGCUAAACGUUACCUGAGAAACGUAACCAAUGAGGACAGGUGCGGAGAGGAGGCGCGAUCCACUGAGACACGAAGGACGGUAACCACAGAGAGGUCAAGAAGCCUGUCCAGAUUACCUGCCUCUUCAGACUCCCUCACCGUGCAGAAUGGAACCUCGCAGUCCAACACUGCCACAACGGUCGGACCCACAAACAAGAACUUAGGGCAACUAAGAGGCCGAAAAAGUCUGGACUGGCAAGACAGCAAGUCAAACACUGAUAUAGGAAAACGUGAGGAAUCUCUAAACAAGUACAACUCUGCCCUCACGGAGUUACCUCCCACCAAGUCCCAGGAUGGUUUCAACCCACUGCUGCGUCGCCAUGGAGGCUCCAAGAGAAACUCGCUUCUCCGCUGGUGUCAGAUCCGGACACAAGGCUAUAAGAAUAUUGACAUCACCAACUUCAGCAGCAGCUGGGCUGAUGGUCUCGCCUUCUGUGCUGUCUACCACACCUACCUCCCCUCACACAUCCCUUACAGCACUCUUACUCCAGAGAACAAGAAGGAGAAUCUCAGUCUGGCAUUCAAAACAGGAGAGACUGUUGGGAUUUCACAAACCUUGACGGUGGAGGAGAUGCUGAGAGUGGGUGGUCCUGACUGGCAAAGGGUCCUGAGCUACGUGGAGAACGUGUACCGUCACUUUGAGAUGUGACUGCUGCAGGAACUGACAGACAAUCCCGUACUGGAUCCUUAAGGACUCAUCAAAGGAAACAUGAUGACGGCUCCCUGAAUACUAAACCAUGCCUUUGGUAGGUGUCGGGAAACUGGAGAAACUGUUUUUCUGUCUUCUGUUUUCUGGCAAAAAAAAAAAAAAAAAAGACAUUAAAAUAUUACUUUUCUUGCUGUUUAAGUGCCGGAUAUCUUAGAAACAAUAACAGUGACAAAAAGCCAUCAUUACCAGAAGACAUAAACUCUGCUGUUCUCUGGUCUUUUCCAUUAACUUUUAAUGUGACGUUACAGCUCAGGCGGCAAAAGGAGUUGUGGAAAAUUGUAGCACAUUGGACAUACUUAACAUAUUUACUGAAUAAUUGUGUUUACUUACCAUCAAAUUUUCACAGCUAAGCAGGUGUGUUGGUAACGCUGGACAAAAAUCUUUGUUUAGUCCUUUUGUUGAAGACAUAUUUCAUCAUUAAAUUGUUACAAUAAUAUAUGUGUCGAAACACACCUUUCUCUAAGAAAUAAAACUUUGGAAAUUUUAAUUUGCUGCUGUGAGUUGAAGUUCUCUCUGCUUUAUUAGCUGUUAUACGAAAAAUGUCCAGGCAGAGGAAGUGAUUUGAUUGGUUUGUUACCACUGACUCCACAGUCAGAAUUUACAUUCGUAUAAGUUUUAUAUUCUUAAUCAGCCGGCAUUUCACAUACGUCAGCAUGUAGUCUGAGGAAUUCCGACACGGUGGAAGUAGAGAGCUUAUCCACUUGAGUGAAAUGUGCAGAGGUAAGCAUCUGACCAGCUGAGGAGGAGGAGGAGGAGGAUGCAGAGCGAAUGAUCAACAAAACACUGCCUUUUUAAUGCAGAAUUACAUACUGUAGCUUUCAAAGUAAAGGUCAUGCUUGACCAACUCCUGGAAAUUCAGAACAUGUGGAGUAUGGUGUAUGUACAGAGUGAGUUGCUGUGUAUGUCUCCACACUGGUACUUCACUGGCAGAAAGUACUGUAUUACAACAUGUCUUUUGUCAAUUAUGUUUUUCCCUUUAACCUUGUAUGUGAUGCUUUCCAGAGAUUCCUCUUGUUCUUGGCCUUUUUUAGCCCUCUGUAAAUAUGCACUUCGUCAGCACUUUGUUUGUGUAAGAAUGUAAUAAUGUACAGUACAGGUUUGACAGAACUGCUGUAGUCUUGUUAAAAGCUCAGUAGGCAUUCAGUAGCAAGGCUGCAGACCAGUCAGAAGAUUUGUUUUUGAAUGGCAGUAGAUGUUUGCUCCCAGGAAACACUGAGACUGUGUGGCAGUUAUCAAAACCUUUAGAAAGUGCCUCCAUGUUAUCACAAGUGUUCCAGUGCUGUUUAGGUGCUCAGGGACGUGCAUUGCAGGCGUGACAUAGAGCAAAAAAAAAAACAAGCUGACACAGGCUUGAAAAUCCAGGUUUCAACACAAUGUCACGUUCCACCUGAAUUCUCACAGAUGCACGAACACACUGUCAUAUUUCACCUGUGCUGAGAAACUAAACACCAGGUAUUGUUACGACAUGUUUGAAGCCGAGUUUGUUGCCAAAGUCGUACGUGCCAAAUAAUUGGACAAAUAAACCUUAUAUUGUAAAACAUGUUAAUAUGUAACUAGUGUGGAAAAAAAAAACAUGAUACCAAAGAAAUAAAAUAUUAAUAUGAAACAAAUAAUAA